AUGACAUUCGAAUCCUUACAAUUGCCAGAGCCCGCCACCGGCUCUUCUGCUCCCUAUAGUAUCGCCCAGGGAUUACCUUACGAGUAUCCACUUCCUGAAGGAGUGGUUGGAUCGGCUUUGCACUUAUCUGACAAAACGCCCAAGUUGUUUCAGCCUCUUCGUAUUGGAAACAUGGUUAUCCCUAAUAGAGUCGGUGUUUCCCCAAUGUGUCAAUACACUGCCGACAAAAACGAGGUCACUGACUAUCACAAGAUUCACUAUGGAGGGUUGAGUACCAGAGGCCCUGGAGUUGUCACGUGUGAAGUAAUGGCAGUUGCACCUAAUUCUGGUACUUCAAUGGUUGAUUUGGGAAUUUGGAAUGACACGCAAGCUUAUAAGCUUAAGGAUAUUGUCAAUUAUGCACAUGCCAAUACCUCCAAGAUUGGUCUUCAAAUCGGCCAUGCCGGUAGAAAGGCCAUGACAUCCGCUUUGUUUGACUUUUUGGAAAACUGGGAUCCCAGAGCUAUUGAAAAAGACUUGGUUGGACCUUCGGCUGUUGCUUACAGGCCAAAUGGUAGAGUCCCAACCCCAAGAGCUUUGACUGUUGAUGAAAUCCAUACCAUAAUUAAGCAAUUUGGUGCUGCUGCUAAAAGAUCGGUGGAAAUUUCAGGUUUCGACUUCGUUGAAAUUCAUGCUGCUCAUGGUUAUUUGAUUAAUGAGUUUAUGUCUGCUCAUUCUAAUAAGAGAACUGACCAAUAUGGGGGCUCCUUUGAAAACAGAAUCAGACUCUUAUUGGAAAUUAUUGAUGAAGUCAGGGCCAACGUCCCAAAAGGGUACCCUGUCUUUUUAAGAUUCAGUGCGUCAGAGAUUCAUGAUUCAAAUCCUGACGCUUGGAAUAUUGCAGAUUCAGUUAAAUUAGCUCCAAUAGUGGCUGAAAGAGGUAUUGAUUUGAUUGAUGUUUCUGCGGGUGGCAAUGAUUCCAAUGCCGAUAGACCCAAGAAAGGAUUUGGUAUGUUCUUAGAAUACGCGACUGCCAUUAAGAAGGCUGUUGGUGAUAAAGCUUUGGUCAGUUGUGUGGGCUCGAUGCAUGAUGCUAAGGGAGUUAAUGAAUUGCUCGAAGAAGGUUUGAUUGAUUUUGCAUUCGUUGGUUCUCCAUUCUUGAAGAAUCCAGGUUUGGUGUUUGAUUGGGCUAAAGAAUUGGACACCGAGAUACACCAUAUUGCUUCCCAUUGGCCUUUCAAACCAAAAUAUGCUGAAAUGAUCGAAUAUAUCAAGUCCACUUUAAAGUGA